ACUUCAUAUCAAUGGUUCCCAACCACCACUAUCAAUAGUUUCCAGAAACAACAUCAGCACCGCACAGAGCGUUCAUUCUUCUUCCAAAUAGUCAUACAACUCCUACGCCUUCCACUCCUCCCCAGUCCUCCUCGCACACGCGACCGCAUUCCUCAUUCUCAGCCUUUCCACACCAGCUCCUUGAUGCAUGUCGCAAGCCGUAACCCAACUCAAAGAUGAGGGCACACGCACACAAGUCCUCCUGGCAGGCGCCACAGCAGGCCUCGUCUCCCGCUUCGCCAUCGCGCCCCUCGACGUCCUGAAAAUCCGCCUCCAACUCCAACCCCACGCGCCCUCCACCACAAGUAGCAGCAGAAGCAGCAGCACAACCCUACGCUCCACCCUCACACACCUGCUCAAACACGAGGGCAUCACCGCCCUCUGGAAAGGCAACAUGCCCGCCGAAGCCCUCUACAUAAGCUACGGCGCCGUCCAAUUCACAGUCUACAAACACACCCACUCCGCCCUCGCCGCCCUGCCCACACGCCUCACCCUCCCAGACACAGCCGCCAGCUUCAUCGCCGGCGGCGUAGCCGGCAGCGUCGCAACCACAGCAACAUACCCGCUCGACCUGCUGCGCACGCGCUUCGCAGCACAAGGCACAACGCGCGUCUACGCCGGGAUCGCAGCGGCAGUGCGCGAGAUCCACGCGCAGGAAGGCAAGGGCGGGUUUUUCCGCGGGUGGGCGGCGGGCGUAGGCCAGGUGGUGCCGUACAUGGGGCUUUUCUUCGCCGGGUACGAGGCGCUAAAGGGCGUGCUGGGCGGGCUGGAGUUGCCGGGGGGCAGCGGGGAUGCGGCGGCGGGCGUGGUGGCGAGUGUGGCGAGCAAGACGGCUGUGUUCCCGCUGGAUACGGUGCGGAAGAGGCUGCAGGUGCAAGGGCCGACGAGGGGUCGGUAUGUGCAUGGUGAUAUGCUGCCUGAGUAUCGGGGUGUGCUGGGGACGGUGCGUGCGGUUGUGGUGAGGGAGGGCGUCAGGGGCUUGUAUCGUGGGUUGAGCGUCAGUCUGCUGAAGGCGGCGCCGGCGAGUGCGGUCACGAUGUGGACGUAUGAGCGCACGAUGGCACUGCUGUUGAAGGCGGAUGAGAUUGUGUCGCAUGGCAGUGCGUAGUGUAGGGAGGCGGUACAGCGCGACAUGUCAGUCAGUCAGUCAGUCAGUCAUACACAUAGACCAGCUCGGCAGGACAUAUAGACAGACAGUAGACGCUGGCCUAUCCUUUUCCAUUUCAUAUGAUACCCCCUCAUUACAAUCACAAAAUAUACUGAUAAUAU